GGUGACAUCACUCCCGGAGCUCACUCCGAGCAUCCCAGCGCCCGCCUUGGCGAAUCGUCAGUCCGUGUGUCCAUCUCCGUCGGUCGGUCGCGGGAGAGAGCUCAUCUUUGGCCAGGGACAGAGCUAGGCACCAAGCAGCGACAGGACCCCAAAGAGGAGAGAAAGCGCAGGCAGCGAGGGAAGGAGGACCCCGGCCGGCGACAGGAUGAAAUUCAGCCCAGCGCACUACUUGCUACCGCUGCUGCCAGCGCUGGUCCUCAGCAGCAGGACUACGAAGAGCUGGCAAAGCAGCUGAAAGAAGUGUUUAAGGAGCGAAGCUCCAUCCUCCGGCAGCUGACAAAGACAUCAAGAGAGCUCGAUGGGAUUAAAGUGAACCUUCAGUCUUUGAAAAACGAUGAGCAAUCCUCUAAAACGGAUGUCCAGAAGCUCCUGGAAUUAGGCCAGAAACAAAGAGAAGAAAUGAAGUCUCUUCAGGAGGCCCUUCAAAAUCAACUAAAAGAGACAUCUGAGAAAGCAGAAAAACACCAGGCUACUAUUAAUUUUUUAAAGACUGAAGUGGAGAGAAAGAGCAAAAUGAUCCGAGAUCUCCAGAAUGAGAAUAAAAGUUUGAAAAACAAACUCUUGUCAGGAAGCAAGUUGUGUGGUAUCCAUGCAGAAGAGUCAAAAAAAAUUCAAGCCCAGCUGAAGGAGCUUCGUUAUGGGAAGAAGGAUUUACUAUUUAAGGCUCAACAGCUUACUGAUCUGGAGCAAAAAUUGGCUGUUGCCAAAAAUGAAUUGGAGAAAGCAGCUCUUGAUAGGGAGUCCCAGAUCAAAGCUAUGAAAGAGACAGUACAGCUGUGCCUGACCUCUGUUUUUCGUGAUCAACCUCCUCCUUUGAAUCUGAUCACAUCGAAUCCAACUCAGAUGUUACUUCCACCCAAGACAAUUAACACUAAGAUUCCAGACUCAAUGGCAAAAAAUAAGCCACAAGAAAAUGUUCCUGGAAAUACUAAGAGCUCUCAAAUUGAGUCAACAAAGGAAGAAAAUCCAAGUAAUACUGAGUUUGAUUCUCAAAAGGAGGACAAGGGCUGUGCUAUGAAACACCCAGAAGAAUGCCUGAGCCCCACCACUGCAGAAUCAGAACCUGCCCCACAGAAAUUGCAAAUGUCUGCUUGUCCUGAAUGUGAGGUGAAAAAAUCAACAGAAAAAAACUUGAACAACUUUGAGGAGAUGGCAACUAGAGAAGAAAAACUACUGUAAAUACUAGGAAAUUGUGUUUAACCCAUUCAUUUGCUAUUGGUCUUGUACUCUUUUUAGAUGACAAGCUUGAUGAAAAUACUAAGUUUCUAAAGCAUGCAACUUUUUCAAACUUUUGUGUAUCUUUAUAAAAUAGUUCACAAAUUUUCUGGAAGAUUCCAGGUCAAUUAUGAUAUUUUAGCAAUAACCUCCAAAAUGUAUAUCUACAGACAUAAAUAUUGCAUUAUUGUGAUCAGUAAAUUUCCCUGUAUAAAUUGGUCCAUUUUUAACCUACAUGGCAGGUGCACUUGAUUCUUCAAGUUCACUUACAUUUCUAGUUCUCUAGUGAUCUGUUGAAAGCCCCUAGAGGGUGAGGAAAUGUGGAUUCUCAUUCUCCUUAGAAUCCAAAUGAAAAUGACACGCUAAGGCUUUGUGCACACAAACCAAUUGCACUCACUUAUCUUUACAAUGGGAUCUGUGUUGGCUUACAGUGCUUUGAGCAUCUCUACUGCUAUUCUUCUUAAUAAUUUGAUUGAUCUCUAAGUAAUGCCAAGUCAAUUCUAUCAAUAAAUACAGUAGUUAGAUAACUUAUUAAUUCAGUUUAUUAGCAUGAACAAACAAAAAAUCUGGAUGAAUAACUAAAUAUUGGAACAUAUUUAGAUUUGAAUUGUUUUGGCAUUUUGUAUUGCUUUAUCUGAAGUGUAUAUCUAAUUACUUCAAUUUAGGAAUCAAAUGUAGACAUUUUGGCAUUAUCUUGGUAUAAAGUGAAUUUUGGAGUAGGAAAAGAAUUUUAAAACAUGAAAGCAGAUAAUCUACAUAGAAAAUAUGACAGUUCCUCUAAAUAAAACUUCUAUAUAGUACCAAUGACCAUAGAUUCAUAUUUAUAAAACAAGUAUAUUAUUAAAAAAAACAACGAAAUGGUUGAAUCAUUGAAAUUGGGACUCUCAAUAGGAACACCACUCAUCAAGUAAAUGCACCUUUGAGCAAUGUGAGCAUAACUUCAAAGAAUGUGAGAUUGAAUCUUUUGUGAUUACAUAAUUGAUAGGGAAGAUCUACAGAACUGUAGGCUCAAAAUAAUGAAUUAAAUGAUGCAUAUGGCUUGUCUUCAUUAAAUAUACUCAUUUUUUCUUAUUAGACUAAUUUAUCAAAUAUAGAAAGCAUAUAAACCAUUGGUUUUAUAUAAUGGACUUGCCAACCUACAGAAAAUACAUUUGAAGCAAGGUAUCCUGACAAAUCUCUGUUCAAAAAUUUAAUAGAUUAUAUCAAACUAAAUCUAUAAUAAAUGUGUGAGCAUUUCCCAUAUAGUAGUAUACUUUUGAUCCCAAGGAUAUAUUUAAAGAUAUUUUGUGACUUGGAGAAUUUGAAAACUUCAAUUAGAAGGUAAGUAACAAUGUAGUAAACAAGGAGAUUUCAAAAAGGUCGUGGAAAAAUUGAAUUAGAAGAAAAUGAAAUUUUUAGAGCACCUUAAUAUUCUGUACAAUUUUUCUUUGCAUCAUUUUAAAGGCUACAUAGGAGAGCUAAAGAAUUCAUUUUAUAGAUGAUUCAUAGAGUUUUCAGAUGAAGUGACCAGGAUAAAUUAAGAGAGAGGAAGUCUCAAAUUUUCUCUUAACCCACUAAUUUCUUCCCAGGUGUCAAAAUAAUGUUAUUCUAUGAGAAGGAAUAUUUCUAGUCUCAUUUCUUGGAAUUUUUAUACUGCACCCAGAAGCCCUAACCGUUCUCACAGUAUUAUGAAAGGAAAAAUUAUCAUUAGCUUUAGCUGAGGCCCAUUUCUCCACUGCACUGCAUGCCCAAAUUUCUUUCCUAGGUCCUAGGGAUCUUUAGCAAGUUUUAUCACUGUUUCACAUCGGUGCAGUCUGUUUUGAGACAUGUUUGCUUCUUUAAGAAGAGAUUCAGGAUGACUUUUCAGAAAUUGUCAUGAGAAGUAGGUACUAUGGAAUUCGAGAACUUGGCCAUUAAUUAAAUUUGACCGCAUUAGUUUUGUGGUCAUUUCUUUGAAUAAACUCUAGCAUUCUAGUCUAGUAUUUGGUGUGAUAGUUCAUUUGCUGGUCUUAAAUUUCUGGCCUUAUAAAAUCAAGUGGGCUCUGAAGUACCAUAUAAAGCUUUUCUAAAAAUAAAAAAUACAUAGCAUUAUGCACAUUUUAAUGUGAUACACUGAUUGCAUAAUGUAUUCUGAAACAUAAAGAACUUAUCAUAGGGAAGCUUUAUGAGAUAUUUUAAAGAAAAUUUAAGGAAUUCCCUUUAUUAAGUUAGCAUGGGAUUGUUUUACAGUAAAUUCUACUAUUGUAAUGUCAUACAUACAGUUUAUCUCUCUCCAUAUUUAAUUGCUUGAAAAUAGCACUAGAGAGGUUUUAAAAGGUUUUCUUUAUGUGUGCAGUAUUUUCCUAUUAGAUAGGUGUCAUUACUUACUAGUUCUUUUAAUUAGCAGAUAUAUAAAUAAGAGGAGCCUUCCAAGAGCUUAUGGAAAAAUUGAAUAAAAUAUAUGAAAAAUAUCUGCACAUUUUUGUAGUCCCUUCAUAGAUAUGCUCUUUUAGAAGUUAAUAUUUUGGCCAUACUAUUCUCAUAUGAAAGAAAAUGUAAAGCUAAUGUUGACCGUAGAUAUUACAGCGCAUCAUGUACCUAUAGCAACAAGCAUUGAAGGUUUACUAAUGCUUUGUAGAAUAGGAAUUGAUUCUUAUUGAGAAAUAAACAUACUUUUCAAUGAAAGAGCUUGUUUUAAUAUACUGUCAGAACUAAUGGAAACUUUUUCUCUAGUUACAUUAAAAUAUCUUAAUUGAUUAUAAUAUUAUAUAUCUGUUCCUGGAAAAGAAUUUGUUUUGAACUUUGUGUUUCCUUUAAUAUUCAUUAACUGUAUAUAUACAUAUAUAUUAAAUCAGUUGCCUAAGAUGUGGAAAACCUAAGUGAAAACUUAUAUCUAACUAACACCAACAUGCUGAAAAGAAAAAAAACAACAAUUGAGUCAAUCUUCUGGAUAUUACUUUCUAUGUGAUUCAAAUAUUUAAAUUGGAAAAUUCUAGAUGGCUGACAUGUUUUUAAUUAUUAUUCAUUAAGCAUAUAUUUAACACAAUAAAAUUCCAAACACAAUUGUGUUUAAUGAAUUAUACUGGAUUAUAACACCAAGAAGGUUACAUAUAAAAGAAACAGUAAUGUUAUAGAUUGGUAAUGUGGAUUUCUGGAUAAAAACAAUGUAAAGUUUGCUAUAAUGGAAUCUUCUAUUUUUCUAGCUCAGGUAUUGUAACUAGCACUAAAUGCAACAGAGAAUGAAAUAAUUAUUGGUACCACAGAGUGGGUCAAUUGAACAAUUUUAAUAAUGAUUGAAGCAUGUAUUUAAUUACUUAUAGGACAUUUUCUUAGUCAUAUGUACAGCCUUAAAAUUCCUCAAACUGUGUUCCUCAGAAUUGUCUCACAUAAUGUUAAUGAUCAAUUGAUAAAGAAUAAAAGGUACUGAAAAAUAGCCUAUUUUCUUCAAUAAAGAUUUCUUACCAAUA